AUGUUAUCAGAGGCUAGUGACCAGACUUCGUCAAACACAUCAUCAACAACAACUAUUGCUGGUAAUAACAUUAAUAACUUACCGAUUGUUCCGCUUUUCAAAAGUGAAACAACUCAUCUACACAUUCGAAGUGAACUACCACAACGAAAGAAAAUGUUUGGUGGCUCAGGUGAAACAAGUCCCAAACAAUUUUUGGAAUCAUCCACAACAUCGCAGAGGGUGAAAAUUGCUCAUGGCAACACACCGACACCAGAAGGUACGACAGUUGAUCGAACUUUUGGUGUUGUUGGGUCCAAAUGGGGAGGUAAAACGACAUUUCUAAGUCAUCUACGACAGUUGUAUGGAAAAAAGUAUUCGAUCAUUGAUAAGGCAUCACUUGGGGAUCGCAUCCGAGGAUCCAUUCUUAAAUCUUUUGUUAAUUUAUUAGGAGCAACAACUUAUUUUUUGGAACAGGAAGAGUUUUUGGUGGAACAUCACGAAAAAGUUACUGAAUAUUUAUUGAACUACAAGUUCACAAAGGAGCUCAAGAGUAGCAGUAGCAACACAGCAACAAAUCCAGAACCAAGGAGCAAAAUUGAUGAAAUGAGGCAAUUAAAAUUAGCCUUAAAAAGUAUGCCACUUUCAUCCACAGAAUUUAAUGACAUUAAGAGCGAAGUGAUAGAGUAUUUUGAAUCUCAAAAGGCAGAUUUGCACGGAUUGGGGCUAAAUCAAAGUAAUAUGGCACGAGCAUUGGAAUAUGUUGAGAAAUUGUGGAAAGACAAGCUUAUUCAACUUGUUUAUACGCGCUACAAUCAUAGACAUCAUGUUCUACAAGUUCUUACUAACCUCGAUUAUUGGAUGAAUCAUUCCAGUUUUGUCUUUGGAGCAAAAUUUACUCCUAGGUCAAAAGAUAUUCUUCGAUAUCACGAUUUACAACAGGGUAUUGAAUCAAGCAAUGUGUAUUCUGUACAUGGAGUAACCUUUGUUGGUAUGGACAUCUCCAAACUCGACAAGAUCACUCACGUUUUUAACCUUCAAACCGAUAUAAUUUUUGUGAUAGGCCUUAACGACUAUGAACUAAUUGAUGAAAAUGGAGAAAAUAGAUUGGAAGUUUGUGUUUCACAAUUUCGAAGGAUUUGUGAAAUGAUCAAAACUCACUUUUUAGAACAUCAAUCACCGCUCAAACGUCUGACAUUGGUUUUGAAUAAGUUCGAUACAUUUAUGCAGAAAGCCAAAUCGUCCACAGAUACCUUUUUACGGUUAGAACUGAAUCAUCCAGAAAUAUUUACCUAUUACGGUACAACGAUUGGAACAGCAGCUCAUGUCAUUCGUGCCAUCAUUGAUUAUUUUGUAAAUAUUUAUGACUCUUAUUUUAGAGACAUUAGAAACUUUCCACUUUCCAUCAAACAAGUUAACAAAUUCAGACUCACCUCACCCUCACUCAACAACUCUGUACUCAAUGUAUGUGUAACCUCUGCCCUAGAUCGAACGAAUAUGGAAGACUUUUGGAACUUUAUUCUCACUGGAUACCAAGGAAUUGAGCAACGAGCUUACAGCAGUUGCGGGUCAUGGAUACCGUUUCGAAUGUGUCGAUCUUCCCUCCAUACACAAUAUGGAUCUUCUUAUUUGAAUUGGGGAGAAACAAUCUAUCUAUCGACAAAAGAUUUUGGAGGCUUCCAAUUUGCAGUGCAUGACAUGAUUUUGGAAACAAAAUGUCCUGAACUUGCGAAAAUGGUAGAACGAGAGAAAUCUAAUGGUCUCAAUCCUAACAGUGAAAAUUCCAAUAUAACGUCCAUAUCUAUUAAUUUAUUAACAUUUGAGGAAAUGGCAGAGAUUAUAAGAAGAAUGUAUGACGGUUGUUAUAUCGAUCUUGUGACCUUUCGAAAAAUGUAUCACAAACUCAAAGUUGUAGAACUUUCUGACAAAGAAAAAUCAAAAAACAAACCAAAGAUCAUUAUGAAAGCAUUAUCCAAGUUAAAGAAAUUCAAGAAGUCAGAACAAUUUCGCUUCAACACGAGUAAUCCCUUUGAGUUGGUCGAUUACUCAAUGCUUUUCGAAGAAAAUCAGUCUAUCUUACCAGAGCUGUAUGACAUUUUACUAUUUCAUCAAAAUGGAUCUCUUAAAGGAUACAAAUUCAUGCUUUCUGUACAUCUUCCUGGAUUCGUUCUUGAAAGAAAUUAUCAUGUGUUGGUUCCAUAUUUCAAAAUCUCAUCCUAUCAGAAUGUUCUUAGAAUGUUAAAUCAUGUGAAGAAUAUUGAAAUUAGAAAUUGGGAUGAUCUCGUAGAAAUGAUUUACAUUUCCAAAAUGUGGAAAUUCGAUGAUAAUUCUUUGCUUGUGGAGAGAUUGAAAGGAUUGCUGCGGCAUAUUCUGUCACCUGAGAAUGUUUUUCAAUUGAUUCCUUACUUCUCAAAGGAUUGUAUUGACUUUUCCACACUUCCUGAACAUGCAACUCGAUUGUCCAAAAAGAAGUGGACACUCCUCGAUCGGCUUCCUUCUGAUUGCAUACAUCAUAUUUCUUCAUUCCUUUAUGGAGCCUUCAAGACGAAUCCAUCCAACUCUCUAAUUGAUCAAGAUUACUUGAGCUUUAUUUGCAGUCUGGGCCACACUGCUUUCUUCACCUUCCUUGCUAACAUACCACAAACAAGUUUGAAGCAAUUUGUUUGGAAAACAAAACAUACUGAUUUUUCUCUUUUCUUGCGAGAGUGCCAGCUGUUCGUGGAGAAACACCACCUCAAAUAA